CUGCAGUGUCUGAAGGCUGCGAUCAGCAUGAAGGACUAUUAUCCAGGCUCAAUGCCCCGGUACAGUCGGUACGCCCAGAGACUGAGAGCCUCACGCACUGUGCGCUUCCCCAAUGACGUCGUCUUUCAGGACCAUAUCAGGCAGGGGGACCUGGAGCAGGUGGGCAGAUUCAUACGUGCCAAGAAGGUGACGCUGGACACCAUCUACCCUUCUGGCAUGGCAGCCCUCCACGAAGCUGUGCUUACUGGAAACCUGGACUGUGUCAAGCUCCUGGUUAAAUACGGCGCUGACAUCCACCAGAAAGACGAGAAUGGGUGGACGCCCCUGCACAUGGCCUGCAGUGAUGGUUAUGCUGACAUAGCCAGGUACCUCAUCUCCCUCGGGGCCAGCCUGGAGGCUACCACUGACGCCGGGGAGAAGCCCACGGACCUCAUCGACCCCGAGUACAAGGACCUGGUGGAGCUCUUCCAAGCCACCACGAUGGACUGA